CUUCCAUCCUUCUUCUUCUUCUUUCUUCUUCUUGUUCUUGCACCAUCAUCGCAUAUCAGAGGAGAAACUCUUACAACUUAAGGUCUGUGUUCUGUUCUCUUCUCUUCUCUUAUCACUAACCUCACGAUAUUCUCUUCUUCCACUCUUGUCUUGGCCAUAUCACGCCCAAGAAAAAUUAUACAGAGCCAACCUCGACCUCAAGAACUAGAAGCUGAUCACGUCUGUGUGUACAUUUAUAUCUCCGCUCUGAGGUGUUCUAAUACAUUUGAUCAUAUAUAGUUUUGGAAUAUAUUGGAGAUGAAAAGAGAGGACGAUUAUGGGCAGUGUUCUUCACAAGCAAUAAACAACUUCCACAGUUAUCAAGAGCAAUUACUUCUGCAACAGAUGCAGCAACAGAACAGUAUGUUUCCGGAGGUUUCUCCGAUCCUACAGUCGCCGUGGAACAUCCCGCCGGUUCAUUCCUUCAACCAGGUGGCUCAUCAUCAUCAUCAUCACUUUUCGAAUCCGGUUCGAGUCGAGCAUGACCCGUUUCUUCUUCCUCCCCCACCUCCUCCCCCAGCUGGACCCUAUGCUAGUUUAUUUAACAGGAGGGUUCCUUCUCUGCAGUUUGCGUACGACGGUUCACCUUCCGACCAUCUCCGGAUCUUAUCUGAGGCUCUUGGACCCAUGGUUCAGCCCGGUUCUGCUCCAUUCGGUCUCCAAGCCGAAUUGGGCAAGAUGACUGCUCAAGAAAUUAUGGACGCUAAGGCCCUCGCGGCGUCCAAGAGUCACAGUGAAGCUGAAAGGAGACGCCGAGAGAGAAUCAAUAACCAUCUCGCCAAGCUUCGCAGCUUAUUGCCCAGUACGACCAAAACGGAUAAAGCAUCAUUGCUGGCAGAAGUGAUUCAGCAUGUGAAGGAACUGAAGCGGCAGACGUCGUUAAUAGCAGAAACAAGCCCGGUGCCGACGGAGGUCGACGAGCUGACGGUGGACGCCGCCGACGAGGACGACGACGGGAAGGUCGUGAUCAAAGCCUCCUUCUGCUGCGAGGACAGGUCAGAUCUCUUGCCGGAACUCAUCAAGACACUGAAAGCACUAAAGCUGAGAACCCUGAAAGCAGAAAUCACCACACUUGGUGGACGCGUGAAGAAUGUGUUGUUCAUCACCGGGGAAGACGACGGCGAUUCACAGAGCAGCGGCGAGCUUCAUCAUCAGAACCAGAUGAUGCAGCAACAACAAUAUUGUAUAAACUCGAUACAAGAAGCUCUUAGGGCUGUGAUGGAGAAGAGUGGCGGUGGAGAUGACACAGCAAGUGGGGCUGUUAAGAGACAAAGGACUAAUAACCUUAAUAUCCUCGAACACAGGUCUUUAUAAAGAUCUAGUAGGACAAGUAUCAGCUACCAUAUAUAUUACUACCAUCAUCACACUAAAAUCAUCUCUUGCCUUUUGUUUUUGUUUUUUGUAUUUUUUUUGUUGGGGUUUUUUGGGCCCUUCAGUUGGUCUAUUUUUUUUUUCGGGUGUGGUUUUUGUGGUGUGCCGGAAAAAAAUUUCAUUUACAAUAUAAUGAACUAUGAUAAUG